CAUUAGCUCGAUGACCUGGGGGAAUCGCUCAGUGCUGAUGGAGUUUGUGUUCCUGGCCUAUCCCUCCCACCCAGAGCUGCGUGUCUUGUCCUUCCUUGGAGUCAGCCUGGUGUACACACUGAUCGUCAGUGGGAAUGUGCUCAUUGUGGUGGCCGUCCAGAAAGAAGCCCGCCUACACACACCCAUGUACUAUUUCCUGGGCAGCCUCUCAGCAGUAGAAGUGUGCUACACGGCUGUGGUGGUGCCGCACAUCCUGGCCAACAUCCUACAGUCGGAGAAGACCAUCACCCUCCUGGGCUGUGCCACUCAGAUGGCUUUCUUCAUCGGACUGGGCAGUGCCGAUUGCUUCCUCCUGGCAGCCAUGGCCUAUGACCGGUACGUUGCGAUUUGCCGUCCCUUGCGGUACCCUCUCAUCGUGACUCUAACUCUGUGUGCCCGCUUGAUUGUGACCUCAGUGGUCACUGGUUUGGGUCUGUCCUCACAACUGGUGGCCUUCAUCUUCUCUCUGCCCUUCUGCCGGGCUCGGGGUAUCGAACACUUCUUCUGCGAUGCGCCGCCCGUGAUGCGUCUUGUCUGUGCCAACAGCCACGUCCAUGAGCAGUCGGUGCUGGUGGCGGCCACACUGGCCAUCGCCGUGCCUUUCCUCCUUAUCGCCACCUCCUACGCCUUCAUUGUGGCUGCUGUGCUCAAAAUCCACUCUGCAGCUGGCCGCCACCGGGCCUUCUCCACCUGCUCCUCCCACCUCACUGUGGUCCUGCUGCAGUAUGGCUGCUGUGCCUUCAUGUACCUGCGCCCCAGCUCCAGCUACUACCCCAAGCAAGAUCAGUUCAUCUCACUGGUGUACACCUUAGGAACCCCAGUGCUCAACCCCCUUAUCUACACCCUGAGGAACAGUGAGAUGAAGGGUACAUUAGGCAAAGUUCUUACCAAGGAUUACCUUUGCCAAAACAACUAGAGGAAGGUGCAACCUGUCAUGUAAUGUUUGGUUCAAGUUCAUGCAAAUCCCCACGCAACUGGGAUUUCUCCCUGUUCAUGUUAAAACUGGUCUUUAAAGAUGGUACAAAUCACCUACAUACUAUUUAGCUAUGUGUACCAGAGACCUUUAAAGUGUUUCAAGAGAAACAUUUCGAGAGAAAUUUGACUCAGUAAUUUCUCUUCUGGAAAAGAAAUUAACCCAUCAGCAUGACAUAAAAGAAAGCAACAAACAUAAGAUUACAUCUCAGGUACCAGCUGGAAACAGAUAGAUCAUUCAGUAGGUUUUAUCUGAAAUAACGUAAUAAAAGGAUUCUGUGCAGAAGUAUGAGUAAGGGAACCAAUAAGGGGUGGCGGGGCACUUGCAUUCUAGCAACAGCAAGAAGCCAUCAGCACCCCUAGACCUCACAGGCAAGCAGAGGAACAGUGUUUCCUGAGACCAGUGAGAACAGAUAUACCAAGAGAAAACCCUUGGUAGGAAGUCUGGCUUUAGGGAAAAAAGCAACGAUUAACAGAACUAUGGCCAUGCCAGGAGAAAGCAGGAAGAUAAAUACUCCAAUCUCUCUCUGCUUGUACCCAUCUAUCUCUUGUCUUCUUGCUACUGGCCACACCCAGCUGGAAGCAAGAGAACAGAGGAGAUUGAAUGAUUCUGUUCUCAGAAGUUAGCCUUUUGGGACAGGGUAGAGCAGAGAGGGACUCUGAGAGUUAGGGGCAAACAGAAUAAUCAGAAAAAGAUUUUUUAUUAUAGUAUUUUAUGCAACAAUGAAAGUAUGUUUAUAAUCCAAUUUCCCCACAAUCAAGUAUUGACUAAACAAUUAUUGUAUGAAAGAAUCUUAUGUAACCUUAAAUUUAUGUUUUCAAAUACUAGUUAUUUGUAAGAGCUAACAUGAAUUGCUUACUGUGCACCAUAAAUUUAUUUAUAUUCUCUGAAUCUUUGAAAAUCCUCUGAGGUAAAAUUGUUAUUAUUCUAUUUUAAAUGACAGGACUGAGUCACAGAGAGUUUAAGCAUUUGGUGUAAGGUCACGCAGCUAAUAUGGGAUGGAGUUGGGAUUUGAAAUUUGAAGCGUAAAUCCAGCUUCAAAGGCAGUGUUUAUUUGCAUAUCCCUAAUGAAAUGAUGAUAAGGGCCUUUCUAUAGGCUUACUGGCCAUUUGGAUAUUUUCCUUUUUGAAGUUUUACUUUAAGAAUUUGUCAAUUUUAAUAGGGUUGGUUUUUUUUCUGAAUUUAUUAUAUAUUCUAGGUAUAAUUCCUUUGUUAGAUAUAUUUAUUUUUAACAUUUUCUUCCUAAUUUUGACUCACCUUAAUCCUCUCCCUAAUAUCUUCUGAUGAACAGAAGGUUGUUUUUUUUUUAAUGAAGUCUGACUUACCCUUAUUUUCCAUUAUGGUAAUGACUUUGGCUCCUAUUUAAGAAAUACUUGCUGUCUCCAAAUUUCUGAAGACACUCUCUUAUGCUUUAUUCUAAAAAGCUUUAUGAUCUUAGCUAAUACAUUUAUGUCUAUGACAUAGCACAAAGCUAAAAGUCAAUGUUAAUAUAUUCCACAUUACAUAUAAUUAUUUCAGUGCCAUUUAUCGAAAGAUUUUUGUUUCCUUAUUGAAUUGCUUUUAUGUCUUUGUGGAAAAUCAAAUGAGCAUUGUGCUUCUGUGUGUGAGAGAAAGUUUAAUUCUGGACCUGCUAUUCUGAUAUACCGAUAAAUUUUUCUGUCUUUGGUGGCACCAUGGAUCUUAAUUAUUAUUGUAGAUUUACUAAUGUUUUGUAGUUUUCUGUAGAGACAUCUUUUGUAUUUUUCAUUAAAUUCACCAUUGCUGUGGCUUGUUAAUGCGAUUGUAAGUGUUUUUACUUAUUUUAGUUUUCAAUUUUUUCCUAGUGGUACAUAGAAAUACUAAAAAUAUAUCCAUUGCCCUAGUAUCCUGUGACUUGGAUAAAUUUACUUAUUAGUUCUAGCAGUUUGCAAAUUUAUAUGGAUUAUCUAUGAACAUAAUCAUGUUAUCUGUAAAUACAAAUAAUUGUACUUCUUCCCUUUGAAGUUGAUUGUUAUGGAAAUGCCACCGAUGCACCUUGCCUCCUGCUAUCUAUGCCCUUGUGUAAAACCCUCCCACACAGACUCUGAACCUGUGCUGUCCAAUGUGACAUCAGCAAACAUGAUGCAAAAUAAAAGCUUGAUAGGCUCCUGCAUACUGGGGCUUGCCUUCUUUGAAUCAUGA